AUGUCCUCUCUUAUAUCCUGUGUUCUGGAAAAUAACACAACUGAUAACACUACAGAUAGAGCUGGCUGUGUCGACGAUCUAUGGCAUCUUCUGGGAACACUCCAACAAGAAGAUUUUAAAGGCCUAAUGGACGAAGAACUAGGACUGAUCUGUAAUGAGAGCGACACAUUAUGUACAAGGAGGAGAGGACUGUUUGUGGAUAUGUUGUCUAGACGUGGUGAUUGGUUGUCACAGACUCUGAUAACAACACUCAUAUUAAAAAGUCCAAUUACUAGUGAAGAAGAAAUGCAACGCUGUCUAUUCCACCUUGUAGCACUGGGGAAACCAUCGCUUGAUUUGAUGCGUGCUGUAGAGGAAGUUUGCAUGGGUGAAGAUGAUUCCUUUUCUGAAAUAUUGAGUCUUUCAAACACACAACGAAGAUCAUGUUUGAGUUUGGGGGCCUUGGUGAAGAACGCAGAACUACAACAUGCUUCAUAUGCUGAACAGGUGAUAGAAAAGCUGGAGAUGUGGCUAAAUACAAAAGGACGAAACAUUGAAUCUUCGGAAUCUGACGUGAAGAGAAACCGGUACAUAGUUACGAAGAUGGCUUUGUUGCAUGCUAUUGGGAAUGCCGGGAUGAACAGGUCGGUCAAACACAUCACUUCGUUCAUGAAGCCAAACACGGGUCCUCCAGAGUGGCGGAGAGCGGCAGUUUCUAGUCUCAAGCAUUUUACUUGUAACAAGAGCGCUGACUCAUUACUACACACCGCCUUACAUGACGACAAUAGACAGGUGAAAGAGGAGGCGUAUGAAGCGUUCCUUUCUCAUCCUAACAAAGGGAAGUUGACAGGAACUCAAAAGGAUGAUAUACUUAGCGCAAAUUAUACCUACCCUACCCUGUUACGACUACGGAGAGGUGUGGUCACUUAUAGCGCGAGCCUUAAAGAUGGACUGUACUUCGGUAUUGUACUUCCUGGCAUUCACUGGCAAAAAGUGAUUGGAAAUUCCGCCAUUGGAGCUGAAUUUGGCAUAACUUUGAGGAACAACCUCGAGUUGGAACUAAAAUUCUUAUCUGGCCAUUUUGAGAUCGAUGUCUAUAAUGCAGCGUUCGCCGUUCUGAACCUCAAAUUACUCAAUUUACGCUACUCUUUACUUGACGCCAAGAUGUGUUACAUGGGACACGUCGGAUACGACAUGAAUAUUCUGAAGAAAACCAUUGAUGCCGUUACGAUAACUCUUCCCUAUAUUGGCAAGAAAUUCGUCCAGAGUCUUAAGAAAAUUAUAGCUGCCGUCACGUCUUUUCUGACUUCUCCAAUUCAGUCAAUAGCUUCCCUUGCGAAAGGUCUUCUCGACGUUAAACUGUCCAUUGGGAUGUUCAUGGAUUUCAAAAACAUAAUGAUGGAAACACUUAUGAAAAUAACAGGGAAAACUCCGUUUUGGCAAAGUUACGGGGACGAACUUGAAGAUAUAUUUGAAGAGGUAAAGAGUUUUAUUUCCAUGGUAACUGCAUCUGCGCAAGUGCCGUCAGAACCAGAAGACCCUGACUCGACCCGACUGUCUGAUUGUGUUUCCUCUAUGGUUAAGCAAAUCCUUUGGUCCAAAGAAGAACUUAAAGCAGUCCUAUUUGACUCUGUCAACGAUACUUUUUUCUCGUCGGAUUUUGGGAAAGAUAUUUUUGAGAAAGUGAAGGACGUUAUAGACGUAUACAAGUCUCUGAAAUCUUCUUACACGUCGCUGAAGUCCUAUGUACAGAAAAGUAUUUCUCUGGUACAGAGGGUAUUUGGACCAAAAUUUCACAAAGAUUUCCCGACUCGACGUCGACGUGAUACGCCUGAAUGUGGACAAGGGGUGUGGCCAACGACGUCUAACAAUGCGUUUGAGACCACUGGUGUAGAUGUCACCAUUGCUUCAGGCAGAGAGCUGGUGAGUCCUGUCAAUGGCCGAGUGUAUAGAGAAAGCUCAAGUCGUAUCCUUGUGAUACCGACGGAUGAUGGACUGACAGACUUUGAGAUAAUUAUCGAGAAUGCUGAAGCUGUCCAUACUAUCUCUUAUGAUGGAACAUUUGCUGAGGCUGGUGAAACCGUUGCCAUGGUAUUAAAUUCCAAAUGCCAACCAAACUUUAUCCAUGUUUCAGUUCGUAAAGCAAACUCCACGCAGUACAUAGAUCCGACCAGAUUUCUUGACAGAAUAAUGCCAACUCCUAAAUGGGUGUUGGAGUGCAAGGAUUUAUAUCUUAAACAUAUCUUCCAAACAAUCGAUAUCGAUAAUCUAGGGGAAUCCUUCAAAGAUCUUUAUGAAGAUAUAAAACGAACAGUGUUAGAAAAGAUUGAUGAAUUAUCUCAAAAGGCAGUUGACGACAUUUCGUUUGAAAUCCAAAUUGAAACUGAGGGUGCCUAUUUAGAAAUAGAUUCAUCUGCUGGAAGUGUCUUGGAAACUCUCAAACAAUCAUUGCCUGAUUUCGGUAACGUGAUGAAACUCUAUUCGUUGAAGGGAAUCACAGAUGGACUGAAUAUCCUGAAACUUGUUGACAUGGGUAGUUUUACACUGGAAAAAAUCAACUCUAUGCUGGGAACUGAUUUAGGAAUAAAGCUUGAUGAGAUGAUUAUCCAGCUUCGGAUGGCCAAUGUUGAUAUAUCUUACCAGGAUCCGGGUAUCCUCGCAAUUUCUCAACUGCAAAGUUUAUUUAAGGAUUUGCAAGGUGAUUGGCAUUCAACCAUUCACGAGGCUCUAUUGAGAUAUGAAAAGGAUUGUCCUAAUUUUAAAGGAGUUGUCGGUAAAGGAGUUGGGCUUGCAUGUACAGCACGAGCAAAUUGUUCAGGAUUAUCAUGCAAUGUACCACUGAACAUUGGUAGCAUUCGCCCUGUCGUUAAGCUUGACAUGUCUUUAGACCCGUGUAGUGCUCUACUAUAUAUCACAGACAAAAGUAUGACUUCAGCUGUUACACUCGAUGGAGAGAUACACACAGUGACACUUCCUGAUAUGACUACAGUCGGUCCGGACUCAGAGCCGUACGUGUUAACAUUAACAAUCCAAGGUGAAGAGGAAAAUAAGGCUAUUUACUUUAGUGUAGAGGGCGCUCUUUGUGUUAAGUGUCACACAUCGUGUCUUCAACCAUUUACCAUUGUCUCUGACGCAAGAGUUGACAUUCCAGACAUCUGUAGCAACACUCACCCCGAAUCUGGCACAGACGAUGAAAUCCUGAGAAUGACAUGGCGACAAUUUUUGGAUUCUUUAUCUGAAAUUGGUGCAUUGGAUAAUGAUACUUUGAAAAUUGCUGAUUCUAUCAGGAAAUACAUUCUAGAAUCCAUGGUCGAACAGUCAUUCAGUAAAGAAUACACACAAGCAGUGAGAAGCGCAUUCCCUAAUGCUAAGGAUACAUGUUCUGUUGACGAGAAAAGUCUACCACGGAUCAAUGCCAAUUUCUUUGUAUUGAGAGUGUCCAUUCCCGUCGGACCAAUCAUCGUUUUAUUCAAAUUCAGUGUCGGUGGAUCGCUCGAAGUAUCAGUUGGGAUCGAUAUAUGUGUUCUGAGCAUGUACGCUAAGGUAUGGUUAUCCAUGUCUCUGUCACUUUAUUGUUUUAUGUUCUUAUAA